CAAAUAUACACAUAUAUAUAUUAAAUAUAUAUAAAUAAAUCUAUUAAAUUAAUUUUUAAAACCUCGCAAAUAUCAGCAACGCUCUUGUUACUCCGUUGUUACAAGUGUUCACAAGAUAGUGCUGAUUUCUUACCAGCUGAUUAUUCAUCUACUUACUUGGCACCGUAUCAUAUAAAAUACAUGUAUACAUAAACGGAACACCACCAGGAAAUGAAUUCCACCUCAUUAGUGUAUAUCGUGAUAUGACUAAACGUGAUAUGGAGUAAGGUGUGGUUGUGGAUAAAACAGUAGAAGGUAAUAUUGUAAUCAAGAUGGAUGCAGGCUUGGAAUAUAUUGUGGAAGAUCAUGGGGUUAAGGAAACUUAUUUAUCUAUACCAACAUGGACAUUGCAAGAGACGCUGGUUGGGCUGGCCUUUGUUCUAGCAGCCUACCUGAUCCUUGUUAUGAAGAUAUUACCAACAUAUAUGAAGAAUAGGGAGCCAUUUCAAUUGAAAAAAUUGAUGUUGGCGUAUAACGCAUUCCAAGUCGCCUUCUCAGUGUACUUGGUAUUUAUCUAUUUGAGAUAUAUUUAUCGAUUUAAUAUAAUUACGACGAGAUGUCCGCAAGGUGAAGAUUUGCAAGGAGUCGUUCGUGAAAUCUAUCCGUACUUUAUAGCGAAACAUUUGGAUCUUCUUGACACUGUCUUCUUCGUCCUUCGCAAAAAGGACAGUCAGAUCACAUUUCUUCAUCUCUACCAUCAUACUUCUAUGGUCACUUGGACCUGGUUGCACUUUAUGUAUCAUCCUACUGACAAUUUUGUGGUCGUUGGCAUGUUGAACAGUUUUGUCCAUGUCAUCAUGUAUGCCUAUUAUGGGAUUUCAUCUUUGGGUCCUGCUUAUGCGAAGUACAUCUGGUGGAAGAAGCACUUGACUAAGGUUCAGCUGGUCCAGUUUAUCCUCGUAGUCUCCCAUCUCCACUACCAGCAGAAACUCUCCCCCUGUCCACUCCCAAGUUUCUUCCACAACUUCUGCAUGCUCCUCAUCUGCACCUUCUUUGUCCUCUUCAUGAACUUCUACAUCAACAGCUACAGAGGGAAAAAGAAGAAUGUUGAAAAACAGAAUGGAGUUUCGGAAUCAAAUGUCGAUGAGAGAUUAUUGAAAACUCGCUAGAUUAGUGUUAACAAUAUUGUUUAACAAAUGUGUGAUUUUAGAUUUAAUAAUAAAGUAUUUUUUAUUG